UUUUUUUUGAGACGGAGUCUCGUUCUGUGGCCCAGACUGGAAUGCAAGGCAAGAUCUCAGCUCAAUGCAACCUCUGACUCCUGAUUUGAAGUGAUUGUUGUGCCUCAGCCUGUUUUUUUUUUUUAAUUGAGACAGUGUCUCACUCUGUCACACAGGAUAGAGUGCUCAAUCUUGCCUCACUGCAGCCUCUACUUCCUUGGCUCAAGUGAUACUCCUGUUUCAGCUUGUCACAGUACUUGGGACAAGAGGCACAUGACACCAUGCCUAAUUUAAAAAAAAUUUUUUUUUUUUUUUUUUUUAAUUUUUGUAGUGACAAGGUUGCUUUGUAUUGCCCAGGGUGGUCUCAAACUUCUGGGCUCAAGCAGUCAUCCUGCUUUGAUCUCCCAAAAUGCUGGGAUUACAGUCAUGAGCCACCACACCCAGCCUACGUUUAACUUUGUAGUGAUGCAUUUAACGUUCAUUUUUAUAUGUGGUGUGAGAUACUGCCUAGUUUCUUCUGCGUGUAGAUAUUCUGUUUGCCCAGUGCCAUGUAUUAAAUCAACUGUUCUUUCCAAGUUUUAUGUUUUGGCAUUUGGUUGAAAAUCAAUUUAAUAUAAAUGUGUAUAUUUUAUUUCUGGGUUCUCUGUUCUGUUCCAUUGGUUAUGUGUCUGUUUUUAAUCCCGGUACUGUAUGGUUUCAUUUACUGCAGCUUUGUGGUAUAUUUUGAAAUUGUCUAGUGUGAUGCCUCCAGCUUUUAUUUUAUUUUUAUUUUUUGAGAUGGAGUUUUGCUCUUGUUGCCCAGGCUGGAGUGCAAUGGCACAAUCUUGGCUCACUGCAUCCUCUGCCUCCCAGGUUCAAAUGAUUCUCCUGUCUCAGCCUCCUAGUAGCUGGAAUUACAGGCAUGCAUCACCACACCUGGCUAAUUUUGAAUUUUAAGUAGAGACAGGGUUUCUCCAUGUUGGUCAGGCUGGUCUCGAGCUCCUGAUCUCAGGUGAUCUACUCAACUUGGCUCCAAAAGUGCUGAGAUUAUAGCUGUGAGCCUCUGUGCCCAGCCUGCCCAGCUUUAUUAAUUUUGUUUAAGAUUGCUUUGGCUAUUUGGGCUUUUCUGUGGUUUCACAUAAACCAUUUUAGAAUUGUAUUUUCAAUUUAUAUGAAAAGUGUCAUUGGAAUUUUUAUGGGGAUUACAUUGUCUCCAUAAAGUACUCUGGGUAGUAUAAUCAUUUUAGCAAUAUUAAUUCUUCCAAAACUUGUGAGGAACUCAACUAAAUAACAAGAAAACAAAUAAGCCAAUUAAAAAAUGAAUUCAGGAGUUUGAGGUUACAGUGAGUUAUGAUUGUGUGCUUGCAUUCCAGCCUGGGCCACAGACAGACCCUGUCUCAAAAGAAAAUGGGCUGGGUGUUGUGGCUUAUGCCUGCAAUCCCAGUACUUUGGGAGGCCAAAGCGGGUGGAUCACUUAAGCUUAGGAGUUUGAGACCAGCCUAUGUAACAUGGCAAAUCCCCAUCUCUACAGAAAAUUAGUCAGUGUGGUGGUGCACGCGGGCAGUCUCAGCCACUGAGGAGGCUGAGUUGAGAGGAUCACAUGAGCCUGAAGGAGAUGGAAGUUGCAGUGAGCUGAGAUCAUGCCACACUGCACUGCAACCUGAGUGAAAGAGUGACACCUCAUCUUAAAAAAAAAAAAAAAAAAAAGGUGGAGUGAGCAAAGGACCAGAAGAGACAUUUUUCAGAAGAAGACAUACAAAUGGCUAAAGUGCACAACAUCACUAAUAUUUGUGGAAAUAUAAAUAAAAACCACUAUGAAAUAGCACCAAAUCACCAAAAAUAAAAGGUAACAAAUGUUGGCAAAGAGGUAGAGAAAUGGGAACUUUUGCACACAGUUCAUGGAAACAUGAAUUAGUACAGCUAUUACCAUUUUUUGGAACUUUUUUUGAAAGUUUCAAAAAAAAUUAAAAUUAUAUGAUCCAGAAAUCUUACUAUUGUGUAUAUAUAUAUAUAUCUAAAGGAUAGUAAAUCAUUAUUUUGAAGAGAUACUUAUACUCAUGUUUUUCGUAGCAUUAUUCCAGAUACAGAAUCAGCCUGAAUGUUUAUCAAGGAAUUGAAUGAAGCAAAUGUGGUAUAUGUACAUAAUGGAGUACUAUUUUACCUGUCAUUUGCAAGAACAUGGAUAAACCUGGACAUUGUGUUAACAGAAAUAAUCUAGACACAGGCAGAUACUGUAUGAUGUUACUCAUUUUUGGAAUCUUAAAGAGUUUGACUCAUUAAAGGAGGGAGUAAAAAUGAUAAUUAUACAGGUGAGGGGGUUGAAUAGGUGUUGGUCAAAGGAUACAGAAUUUCAGUUAGGAAAAUAUGUUUUAGAGAUCUGGCUGGGCACAGCAGCUCACAUCUGUAAUCCCAGCACUUUGGGAGGCUGAGGCAGACAGGUCACUUGAGGUCAGGAGUUUGAGACCAGCCUGACCAACAUGGAGAAACCCUGUCUCUACUAAAAAUACAAAAAUAACUGGGCAUGGUGGCACAUGCCUGUAAUCCCAGCUACUCGGGAGGCUAAGGCAGGAGAAUCACUUGAACUCGGGAAGUGGAGGUUGCGGUGAGCCUCCCAGGUUCAAGCGGUUCUCCUGCCUCAGCCUCCUGAGUAGCUGGGACUACAGGCACACGUCACCAUGCCCAGCUAAUUUUUUGUAUUUUUAGUAGAAAUGGGUUUUGCCAUGUUAGCUAGGAUGGUGUCAAACUCCUGACCUUGUGAUCCACUCGCCUUGGCCUCCCAAAGUGUUGGGAUUACAGGCAUGAGCUGCAUGUCAUCAGCAAACAUACUUUGACAUCCUGUUUCCCAUUUCUUUCUUGCCUGAUUGCCAUGGUCAGGAUAUAUAGUAGUAUGUUGAAUAGGAGUUGUGAAGGUGGGCAUCUUUGUUUUGUUCAAGUUUUUAAAGGGGAUACUUCAAAUAAUUCUUGAUUUAGUAUGAUUUUGGCUAUGGGAUUGUUGUAUAUGGCCUUAUGGCAGCUAUUAUUUAUAGCUAUGUUCCUUCCUUUUUUUUUUUCUUGAGACAGAGUCUUGCUCUGUCACCAAAUUGGAGUGCAGUGGCACAAUCUCCACUCACUGCAACCUCUGUCUCCCAGGUUCAAGCGAUUUUCAUGCCUCAGCUUCUUGAGUAGCUGGGAUUACAGGCACCUGCCACCAUACCUGACUAAAUUUUGUAUUUUCAGUAGAGACAGAGUUUUGCCAUGUUGUGGCCAGGCUGCCCUUGAACUCCUGACCUCAGGUGAUCCACCUGCCUUAGCCUCCCAACAUGCUGGCAUUACAGGUGUGAGCCACUGCUCUUGGCCUUAGCUAUGUUCCUUCUAUGCAUAGUGUGUAAUAGGGGUUUUAUCAUGAAGGGAUACUAAAUUUUAUGAAAUGCUUUUUGUGUAUGUAUUGAGAUGAUGAUGUGGUUUUUGUUCUUAGUUGUGAUAAGUCACAUUUAUUGAUUUGCAUGUGUAGAACCAUCCUUGCAUCCUUGGUAUAAAACCUACUUGAUCAUGGUUUAUUUUGUAGGGGUCACCACCUAUGUGGGUCUGUCCUGCAUACCCUGAUCCAGUGACAGGUGAAUAAAGUAUACUGACACACAGAUAUUAUGCUUUACCAGUUUGUCUGAUGGUCUGGGGGGCUUACAGGCACCCCAGAGAGUGCUGUAAACAGUUGCAACCGCCAGCCCUUCCUAGCAAGUAAGAUUCACAUUUAUUUAGUAAAGUGUGAUUGACAAAGGCUUCAGUCAACACCACUAGAAGAUUAAAGCACAGGUUCCGGGGUGCAAAGCAAGCAAACACCAUUAGUAGAUAAUAUCCGUUGUUGACAUACCCCCAGAGGGCCAUCCAGCUCAAAGGUUAGUUUUAAAUCUAUGUGAGUAAACAAUUUAGUUAGGUAAACUCCCCCACAUACCCUAGCUAUUUGCUUUAUUUAUUAACUAAAUGUAAAGGGGAUUUAGGCUGCAUUCAGCCAAGAACUAUAGAAAAAACCCUUAGGCCUUCCAAAAGGGUUUAAGACUAUAUUCAGUAACUUUCUUUAAUAUUUUUGCCACCACCCUGAGUGAAUUCCCACAUUGUCAUUUAUUUAUUUAUUUAUUUUUGAGAUGGAUUUUGCUCUUGUUGCCUGGGCUGGAGUACAGUGGAACAAUCGGCUGAUUGUAGCCUCCACCUCCCAGCUUCAAGUGAUCUGCGUCAGCCUCCUGAGUAGCUGGAGUUACAGGCACCUGCCACCAUGCCCAGUUAGUUUGUGUAUUUUUAGUAGAGAUGGGGUUUUACCAUGUUGUCCAGCCUGGUCUCGAACUCCUGACUUUGUCAUCUGCCCACCUCAGCUUUCCAAAGUGCUGGGAUUACAGGUGUGAGCCACUGUGCCCAGCCAGUUUAUUAUCUUUUUUAUGUGCUGCUGGAUUCAGUUUGCUAAUAUGUUUAGGAUUGUUUCAUCUAUUAGGGAUAUUGGUCUGUAGUUUUGUUUUUGUUAUUGUGUCCUUGUUUGGUUUUGAUAUCAAAGUGAUACUAACUUCUUAGAAUGCAUUCAGAAAGAAUACCUUCCUCUUUUUUUGAAUAGUUUCAUCUAUGUAUGGUAGAAUUCUACUGUGAAUCCAUGUGGUUCUGGGCUCUUUUGUUGUUCGGAGAGUCUUUAUUGAUUCAGGCUCACCAAUUAUCUAUUCAGGAUUUCUGUUUCUUAGUGGUUAAGGCUUGGGACAUUGUAUGUUUGUAGUAAUUUAUCCAUUUCCCAUAGGGUUUCCAGUUUGUCAGUAUAUAGUUCUUCAUAGUCGUCUCUGUUGAUGCUUUGUAUUUCUGUGGUUUCAGCUGUAAUAUGUCCUUCUUAAUUUCUGACUUUGUUUGGAGCUUACCUCUUCUUGGUUGGUGUAGCUAGUAGCUUACCAAUUUUGUUUAAAUUUUCAAAGAACCAACUUUUGUUUUAUUGAUUUUUUUUUAGGUCUCUCUUUUCUGGGUUAUUUAUUUUUUAUUUUUGAGAAAGUGUUGCUCUCGUUGCCAGACUGGAGUGCAAUGGCACGAUCUUGGCUCACUGCAGCCUCCACCUCCUAAGUUCAAGCCAUUCUCCUGUCUCAGCCUCCUGAGUAGCUGGGAUUAUAGGCGCCCACUACCAUAUCCAGCUAAUUUUUGUAUUUUUAGUAGAGACAUGGUUUUACCAUGUUGGCCAGGCUGGUCUUGAACUGCUCACCUCGUGAUCUGCCCACCUCAGCCUCCCAAAGUGCUGAGAUUACAGGUGUGAGCCAUCACACCUGGCCCAUAUUAAUUUUUUCAGUGACUUAGUGAUAGUUCAGAAGCAUGUUGAAUUUUCAUAUAUUUUUAUAGUUCCGAAGAUUCUCUUGGCAUUGAUUUCUAUUUUUAUUCUGCUGUGGUCUGAGAAGAUACUUGAUAUGAUACUGAUAUUUUUUUUGAGACAAGGUCUCACUCUGUCACCCAGGCUAGAGUGCAGUGGCAUGAUUUUUGGCUUACUGCAGUCUUCACCUCCUGGGUUCAAGUGAUUCUUCCACUUCAGUCUCCCAAGUAGCUGGACUACAGGCAUAUACCACCAUGCCUGGCUGAUUUUUGUAUUUUUUGUAGAGACAGAAUUUUGCCAUGUUGCCAGACUGGUGUCAAACUCCUUAGCUCAAGUGAUCAUCCCAUUUCAGCCUCCCAAAGUGCUAGGAUUACAGGCUUGUGCCAGUAUGUCGGCCUGAUUGUGGUUUUUCAAAAAUUUGUUCAUAGCCAGAUACAGUGGAUCCUUCUGUAAUCCUAGCAUUUUGGGAGGCUGAGGUGUCAGGAUUGCUUGAUCUAAGGAAUUCAAGACCAGUCUAGUCAAUGCAGGGAGACCCUUUCUCAAAAAAAAAAAAAAAAAAAAAAGUUGAGUCUUGUUUUGUGGUCUAAUGAUCUGACUUGGAGAAUGUUCCAUGUGCUAAUGAGAAGAAUAUAUAUUAUGCAGGUAGAAUGUUCUAUAAAUAUGAACGUUACGUUCAUUUGGUUUAAAGUUCAAAAUAAGUCCAAUAUUUGAUUUUUCUGUUUCCAUCUUUCUAAUGAUGUUUAUAGGGAGAUCAGUGAUUUUCCAGGUUAACAGAUGUUGGGUAUAAACCCUACUGCUACCACUGCAGCUGGCUUUUAAUUCUUAGUGCUCCCUACUGGCCUGGAGAUCAGCCCACAUAGCUCAUUACAAUAUGUGACACAAGUGCAUCAAGCUCAGGAGUGAGGAUAUGAAAGAUGGCAAGUCCAGAUAGAAGUAAACGGAAGAUAUUAAAAGCCAAAAAAACAAUGCCCCAAAGUUGCCGGAAGCAAGUAGAGAUGCUGAAUAAGUCAAGAAAUGUCGAAGCACUGAAAACAGCAGCAAUUGGAAGUAAUGUUCUGAGCGGUAAUCAGAGUUUCAAUCCUAGUGUCAUAACUGGCAAAUGUGGACCUUCUGAAAAUGGUACAUCCUCAUCGGACUCUAAUAAAAAUUCAAUAUCAGAGGAAAGUAAAGUAUUCUCUCAGAAUUGCAUAAAACCAGUAGAAGAAAUCAUUCAUUCAGAAACAAAAUUGGAACAAGUUGUUUGUUCAGACCAAAAUCCAAGUAAAACAACAGAUUCCCCUAGCAGAGUCUUUAUAGAAGAAGCAAAAGAUUUACUGAACACUUCUGGAAAUCAGACAAAUGUUACAGGAUCCCUUUUUGAGCAUGAAGGGGCCUGUAGCCUAAUGUCCACUCGCUGUCCACCCAGUGUAUUGAAUGGUACUGUUCAGAUGCCAGAGACUACAGUAACCAUUCCCGUGGAUGAUAAGAGAACUGACCAGAUAGUUUUCCAUUUAGACACAAACUCCAAUUCAGAAUCACAUGAUAAAAAGCACAGUGACAACAUUUUAUGUUCAGAAGACUCUGGUUUUGUGCUUGUUGAGAAAACACCUAACUUGGUGAAUUCAGUCACUUCUCACAAAUGUGCUGAUGACAUUUUGAAAAUUGAAGAACGUAGUAGAACCUGUCCUUCCAGCAUUUCGAAUUGUGAAACCGCAGAUUCAACAUGGGAGUUAUCACUUGACACUAAUAACAACAACCAUUAUCAAAAGAAGAGGAUGUUUUUAGAAAGCAAAGAAAAUGUUAAACGCAUGAAAACUUCAGAGCAAAUUAAUGAAAAUAUUUGUGUGGAUUUGCAAAGGCACACAGCAUUCCUGGAACAGGUCAGACAUUUGAUUCAAGAGGAAAUGUAUAGUUUAAAUUACAAACUAUUUGAUAAGAAACUGGAAGAAUUAAACCAACGCAUUGGAAAGACAGAGUGCAGAAAUAAAUAUGAAGGAAUAGCAGGUGGACUCUUGGCAAAAAUAGCAAAACUUAAAAGACGUAUUGAAACAGUGUUAUACUAUCAAAGGGAUUGUUUGAAACCAAACAUGUUAUCCAGUAAUGGAGCCUGUAAGGUUGCAAAUUCAGAGACUAUCAUUUUGGAUAAUAAUCCGGAGUCAGUUAUCAUUUUGGAUAAUAAUCCGGAGUCAGUUGAAAGGUCUUCUGUGAAUGAUGAGACUUUUAACCCUUCAGAAAAAGAAAGUAAAAAAAUUAAACUGUCACCAGAUCAGAAUGAAUCUGUUUCUGAAAGUAACAAUGAUGAUGUUAUGUUGAUUUCUGUGGAAAGUCCUAAUUUGACAACUCCAAUUACAUCAAAUCAAACAGAUACCAGAAGUACUACAUCAGGAUAUUCCAGCAGUUCUCCCAAUGCUGAAGUUAUGGUUGUACAGAAGAAACCUGAUUCUGUAAUUGAUUUGACAAAAGAAGGCCUCUCCAACUACAAUACAGAAAGUCCAGUAUCUACCCUGGAGUCACCUGUGAAAGCUGUUUUAAGCUCAAAAGAAACAAUCCCAGUGGCACCAAAUGCAGCCCAGGUUCCUGAGUUCUUCGAGCACCUGCCACCUCUCCCGGAACCACCACCACCACUGCCUGAAUUAGGAGACAAAAUCCGAGACACACUUCCUCCCCAGAAGCCUGAGCUCAAAGUGAAACGGGUUUUUAGACCCAAUGGCAUUGCCCUGACUUGGAAUAUAACCAAAAUCAAUCCCAAGUGUGCGCCUGUAGAAAGCUACCACCUCUUCCUGUGUCAUGAGAACCCUAAUAAUAAGUUGAUUUGGAAGAAGAUUGGAGAAAUUAAAGCUUUACCACUCCCAAUGGCCUGUACUUUAUCUCAGUUUUUAGCUUCCAACAAAUAUUAUUUUACUGUCCAAUCAAAAGAUAUUUUUGGACGAUACGGACCAUUCUGUGACAUAAAAUCUAUCCCUGGGUUUUCUGAAAAUCUUACCUAAAAGGUCUUCAGUAAUUAUGAUACUUUUUUUUCAUAUUUGUUUACAAUGUUACUGUAACAGUAUUUGCCAUUGUAAAAGGCCAGCUCAGAUUGUGAACCCUUUCUACUGGGACAAUCCUUUUCUCUAUGUUAAGUGGCCAGUAAUUUGAUGAAUUGUUGAUUUGUAUUAAAUAUGUCCUUCCAGUGGAUAAGUUCUAAAACAUAUGCUGUCAUGGGCCUGUGUUGCUGUGGUGUGUUGUGAACAAUACCUUUGGCGACUGUGGAACUGCUGCUUCUAUCAGAAGAACUAGGAUACAAGCAGCCACUGUUUCUACCAUUCGUAAUCCACUUUUAGUGAUCUCCUGUGGUCAGCAUAGCUACAGGAAAAAUCAACUCUUGACUGAGGGCCAGAUCAUCCCUGGGGUACACCUCUACUAAGAUAAAAAUAAGUUACUAAAAGUGGUGUUUGUAAAAAUAAAUUACAAAUUUUUUUUUUUUUUAAGAUGGAGUCUCACUCCAUUGCCCAGGCUGGAGUGCAGUGCUGUGAUCUCAGCUCACUGCAGCCUCCACCUCCCAGGUUCAAGCAGUUCUCCUGUCACAGCCUCCCAAGUAGCUGGUACAGGCACCUGCCACCAUGCCUGGCUAAUUUUUGUAUUUUUAGUAGAGACAGGGUUUCACCUUGGUGGUCAGGCUGGUCUCGAACUCCUGACCUCAGGUGAUCCACCCGCCUCAGCCUCCCAAAGUGUUGGGAUUACAGGCAUUAGCCACUGUGACCAGCCAAAAAUUAAAAGAUUUGGUGAAAAGAAAUGGCUUCCCAUUCUAUUCAGCUUGCAAGUGGGCUAUUCAUUUGUGCCCCUCCUUCUCUUUUUUGUUUUCUUUUGCACUAUGUCAGUUAUUUGGGGAAAUAGCCUGGAGGUUUUCCCUAAAUCUAUCUGUUCAUAGAUUUACACAUAAUAAAAUUUGUUAAACAUUGUGUGCUGUGUACACAAAACCAUAUCUUACGAAAGUGUUAUCCAUCCUGCUGUUUCAGUUGAGAAUGGAUUUUCCACCUUAGAGAUGAGCCUUUAGUUUGCUGAUUUCCUAGAUGCUACCCUUUGAGCAUUUCCUGGCAGCCCUCAGUCUUCAGAAUGCAAUACUAAGGAGCUCAGAUUGAUGUGUCUUGUGCCCCCCUCUUCCUGAGAAGAGACGGAAGUGGAGCUGUUACUAGUACAAGCAGCCUAAUUAACUGAACAGAGAUUUGGUAAGUCAGGGCCCAGUGGAGGCAAACUUUAAAAAAUAUCUGGGAUGAUAAGAAUCAAAAAUAAUCCUAAAUGUUUGAAAGUUUAAAAGAGGCAUUUUUUUCCAUGGUACAUGAUGAAAGUUCAGGCCUCAAAGGCUCAAAGUAGGGAAUGGUUUUCCCUGGCAUUUUGUAAAUGCUCACAUCUUAAGUAAUAAAGCUGUUAUUUUUUUGCA